CGGAGGGCAGCAGAUGAACAUACACAUGCAGAUAUAUGUGAGGAGGGAGCUCACACACACACACACACACACACACACACACACACACACACACACACACUUCUCCUGAUUCAGCGGAACAGAUUUAUUCGUCACCUCUCCCUGCAGCCUGACGCAGCGAGCCCUUGCUGCAAGCACACACACACACACACACACACAGGACAAUCCCCGAAGCCCCACAGGCAAGUCAUCCCCACUGCGAGGCUGCGUGGAUUAACAGCUCUGCCUGCUUACUGGAGUCCACUGCAACUGAGCUGUAGGGAGACACGGAGAGGAGACAGCACUGAAAAGCAGCAGACUGAGACGAAUCGCGCAACAGAACGAUGGAGAAACUACAGCCAGACGUUGAGGAUGGGCCAGCAGAGAAGCUCCGGGACAAAUAGGAAACAGGCACAAACAACACCUGUCUUAUUUCUGUGCGUCUGCCUGAGGAGUCCCUGCAGGGAGAUGUUGAUCAUUAUGGGAUAAAUACUCAGGUCCUGCAUGUGGCCAUGGAUGCAAGCACGCGCAAAUUUACAGUACGGAGGUGGUUUUCUAUCUACCUGAAGAACAAGGCAGCACGAAAYAAGAACAGUGCUGGUUUCUGUCAGCUGGAGGAUGACAGCAUACUCAAGGAGAUUGACAUCAGCCACCAUGUUAAGGAGGGCUGUGAGAAAGCAGACCCUUCUCAGUUCCAACUACUGAAGGUUCUGGGACAAGGUUCCUAUGGAAAGGUGUUCCUGGUAAGAAAGAUAAGGGGGGUGGACAGAGGGCAGCUGUACGCCAUGAAGGUCCUGAAGAAGGCCACUCUCAAAGUUCGGGAUCGUGUUCGGUCUAAGAUGGAAAGAGACAUUCUAGCUGAAGUGAACCACCCAUUUAUAGUUAAACUGCACUACGCCUUUCAGACAGAAGGGAAGCUCUAUCUGAUCCUGGACUUCCUCAGAGGAGGAGACCUUUUCACUCGUCUGUCAAAGGAGGUAAUGUUUACAGAAGAGGAUGUGAAGUUUUACCUUGCAGAGUUGGCCCUCGCCUUGGACCACCUUCACAGUCUUGGGAUCAUCUACAGAGACCUUAAACCUGAAAAUAUUCUUCUGGAUGAAGAAGGGCACAUAAAGAUCACUGAUUUUGGUCUUAGCAAGGAAGCCAUUGAUCACGACAAAAGAGCUUAUUCUUUCUGUGGAACGAUUGAGUACAUGGCUCCUGAGGUUGUGAACAGAAGAGGUCACACUCAGAGUGCAGACUGGUGGUCGUUUGGUGUUCUCAUGUUUGAAAUGUUGACGGGAUCGUUACCGUUCCAAGGAAAAGAUCGGAAAGAAACAAUGGCUCUUAUUCUAAAGGCGAAGCUUGGAAUGCCACAGUUCCUCAGCCCUGAAGUCCAGAGUUUAUUAAGAGCGCUCUUCAAGAGGAAUCCUGCUAACCGUCUAGGUGCCGGACCAGACGGAGUCGAGGAAAUUAAAAGGCAUCGCUUUUUUGCAUCUAUAGACUGGGAUAAGUUGUACAAAAAAGAGAUGAGGCCUCCGUUCAAGCCGACUGUUGGAAGACCUGAAGACACUUUUCAUUUUGACCCUGAGUUCACUUCCAGAACACCGACAGAUUCUCCCGGCAUCCCGCCGAGUGCGAACACACACCAGCUGUUUCGAGGUUUCAGCUUUGUGGCAACUAAUCAAACUAAUCAGGAGGCCAGCGUUGCCCCGGUGGCGCCUUCUCGACAGGAGGUGAACAUCAACCCUAUWGCACAGCAUAUUCGUGGCGACGUGGCCUUCAAAGAUGUGUACGAGCUGAAAGAAGAAGUGGAACAGACCGGAGCUUUUGUUCGCAAAAGAUGUCUCCACAGAGUUACAGCUGUGGAAUAUUCAGUGAAGAUUAUUGACAGAACACGGAAAGAUCCAUCAGAAGAGAUUGAGAUUCUGCUAAGAUAUGGGCAGCAUUCGAAUAUAAUUACCCUGAGAGAUGUGUUUGAUGAUGGCCAGAGUGUUUUCUUAGUCUUUGAUAUCCCGAGAGGAAACGAGCUGCUCGACAGAGUUCUGACGCAGCCAAAUUUCACAGAACAAGAUGCAUCAGACAUCAUCUGCACACUGACCAAAACAGUAGAAUAUUUACACUCUCAGGGGGUUGUGCAUCGAGACCUGAAGCCCAGCAACAUUCGCUACGCUGAUGACAGCGGACUCCCAGAAUCCAUCAGGAUCUGUGACUUUGGUUUCGCCAAACAGCUCCGGGCUGAAAAUGGCUUGCUGAUGACGCCGUGUUAUACCGCCACAUUCAUGGCUCCGGAGGUUUUAAGAAAACAGGGUUAUGAUGCAGCCUGUGACAUCUGGAGCCUGGGAAUCCUGCUCUACACAAUGAUCGCUGGUUUCAGCCCCUUUGCCAGCAGUCCUAACGACACAGCAGAGGAGAUCCUGGCUCAGAUCGGAAGUGGGAAAGUAAUAAUCACCGGAGGGAACUGGGACUUGGUGUCAGACGCUGCCAAGGACAUUGUGACAAAGAUGCUCCACGUGGAUCCUCACCAGCGUCUUACUGCCCCACAGGUUCUUCGACACCCCUGGAUUGUAGAGAGAGAGCAGCUGUCUGACAGGAGCCUCAGCAGACAGGAUGCGGUCAUCGUUAAGGGGGCGCUGUCGGCCACCUACACUGCUCUGAAACGCUGCGCUCCAGCUCCAGUCCUGGAACCUGUGCACUCCUCCAGCCUGGCUCAGAGGAGAGGCCUGAAAAAGCUGGGCAGUUCGAACAGCACCAAGGAACCAAAAGAAAAGGAGUAAACUCAAUCAGUUGUGAGAAAUGCCAAAACAGACCUAUUUCAUUUUACAUUGAUUGUUUCUUUGAAAAGCACAAACCAUGCCAAAUGUAGUCUGACAUUAAAGUGUCCCACUGGCACUGACAUCAAGUUUGGCUUUAGUUCACUCAGUUUCUAGGUUGGUUGUUUUUUUGUUUUUUGUUUUUUACUUUUCAAAACUGUUGACUCUGUUUCUUCACAGAAAAGCUAAACAUGAUCGCAGUGAAGUGGCUUUAAUGAAGAGAAUUUAAUGUUAACAUGCAGAUGCCUUGAUUGAUCGUUUGGGUCCUGCAGACAUUUUAUGCUUAAACUGAAAGUUGUCUUUGGCUCCUGUGUUAGUUACAUCAAAUGUUAUUUAUUAUUCUACUUCCACUAGGAAUAUGGCUCCCCUGUAAUGGAUAUUCAAAGCAAGC